AUGCCGGACGACGUCGUACUCCGAAAGUCAGCAUUGACCCGGACGCUCGUUUCCAGAAAAUAAACUUAUAAAUUUGAUAAAUUUUGAAAAUAAAGUGUUCUACUCCCUUUUGUUUUCUGGUUUUUUCCGGCAGGGUCGACGUCAGCCGACCUCAGGCUCCGCAGUUGUGGCCUGGGGAGCCUUCAGCCGGCCGGGUCCUCUGUUCCCGAACUUCACAGCUGCCACAGAAGCCUGAAAACCAAGGCCUCCACCUCGAGCUCCACAGCCUGAGCUGCAGAGCCCAAGCCAAAGACCUCAGUCUCAGACUUCACAGCCUAGCUGUGAAGUCCGAGCCAGAGGCCUUGACCCCAGGCUCCACAGAUCAAGCCUGUGGAGCCCAAAGCCAAGGUUCCUUUGGUAGGUGGCUCUAGGCUCGGUAGAGGUCCUGUCAAGCGAGGCUUCUUUUCUCUCACAAGCUCCUCUUAUGACAGUGUCUUGCAAGGAAACUCAUGCUCCUUCCGUCUUUUCAUGCCCCUGAGCUUCACCUCAAACCAUCCGAGCUCCAAGUCGUUCAGCUCAAGUGCAAGACAAUGAUGAAGCUCGCUUGCAAGGUCAUUGAUCAAGUACUGUUAGAGUUCUAA